GGCCCCAGCACGACACGAAGCGUUCGUACCUCACGCAUACGGAGCGGAGUCUCCAGCGGGCUCAGAGCCAAGAGAGGAGAAUCUGGCACAAAGCAUUGCCAUGGAUUUCGAUGAGAUUCUGGCCAAGUGCGGCAACAAGCAUCGCUAUCAAUACCUGCUGCUCGGCCUCUACAGUCUAUUGAUGUUCAUUACAUCGAUGCACAACUUCUCACAGAACGUGAUUGGCUUUGUGCCCGAUCACUGGUGCUAUCACAAGCAGUUGGAAAACCGCAGCUUCGCUCAGAUCGAGGCCAUCUAUAAUCAGUUCGAUUAUCCCUCAUGCACACGCCUGGAGACGAUCGGAUCAGAUUCUGAGGGGCGGAACGCAACUGUCAGCGGGGAGCAAUGCGAUCGCUGGAUCUAUAACUAUGAUUUCGGAUUCAGAAGCAUGAACACAGAGCUGAAUUGGGUCUGCGAUGAGGCCUACAAAGCACCCGUGGGUCAAUCUUUCUUUUUUAUAGGCUCCAUGUUUGGCACGCUCAUCUUUGGCAUUCUGGGCGAUAAAAUUGGGCGAAUCAAGUCUGUUAUUUUGGCCAACUUGUGCGGCUUCUUGGGCGACUUCUCAACUAUCUUUACGAGCAGCCUGGUUGCCUUCUCCACAGCACGAUUCGUGUCGGGUCUCGCCGUGGAUGCCAACACCUAUCUCAUGUAUAUUCUGGCGCUCGAGUAUCUUCCUCCCUCGCUACGCAACUCCAGCCUGAGCAUAAGCAUGGGCAUCUUUUACUGCCUGGGCAUGAUUAGCUCCUGCGGAUUGGCCGUCCUGGCGGGCCAUUGGCGGACAUUCCUAGCCUGCUCCUCGCUGCCUCUGCUGCUGAUCGUACUGUUCUACUUUCUGGUGCAGGAGAGCGCCCAGUGGCUGGUCACUCGGAACGAUAUCGAUGGGGCCGUGAGGUGCCUGAGGCGCGUGGCCAAAAUGAAUCGCCGUAAGGUGAGCGAGAAGGACUUCCAGGAGUUCCGCAACUAUUGCCAGAUCAACGGCACCAAGGAAGCGCAGGAGCCUAAUGAGCAUGAGCAGGACAAAUUCAUUGACAUGUUCAAGACGCCGCACUUGCGCAAAACCAUCAUCAUCAUGCUGAUCACAUUCACAAUCGUAACGGUCUGCUACAACACCCUGGCACGCAAUGUGGAGGGUCUGGGCAUAUCCCCGCUGAUAAUGUUCUCGCUGAGCGCACUGACACUGCCGCCCGCUGGCUUCAUUCAAGCCGACAUCCAGAAGCGCUUCGGCCGCAAGGGCUCCUCGGUGCUGUCAUUGCUGCUCACGGGCCUGUUUACGGCAGCCAGUGGAGUAGCGCUGUCCGUUUGGCGGAAUCCCAGCCCGGUGCUCUUGAUAUCGCUGAUGAUUGCUUCCCGAUUCGGUCUAUCCGUUUGCUCUGGCUCGACUCUGCUGUUCUCCACGGAGCUGGUGCCCACCUGCGUGCGUUCCCGUGGCCUCAGCGUGGCGCACAUGGCCGGCGCGGCUGCCUCCCUGCUCUCGCCCUACAUUCUGCACCUGGGCACGUUCUACAGAGCCGGCCCCUCGAUUAUACUCUGCCUGCUGUUUCUCACCGCUGGCUACUUCUGCCUGCUGCUGCCAGAGACGGAGAAUCGCAGAUUGCCCAUCACACUGGUCGAGGGCGAACUGUUUGGCAGAGGGGAGCGCAUGUUUGACUUUCUAAGGAAACCAAAGGCCGAGCAAACUGAAGCGGCGACUCCUCUCAAGCAAACUUCUUGAUGUGCGACAAUAGUUUCUAUAUGGAUCUUUGAGUUUCAUCAAUUAAUUAAUCAGGCUGCGCCCGCUCAUCGAAAUAUGUGAAGAAUGCGACAAAGGGGCAGAGCUAAUGAGUGACGUACUUAAGAGUAGCAGACUACAUUAUACCCUGUGUGCGAGUGAAUACAAUCGCAUCGAUUCUCAACUGAGUGGAGCAAAUAGAGCUGCGAAAGUAUUCACACUAAUUAUCGUUUAGAAAAACUGUUAAAUAAUAUUAAGUUGAUUUCAAUCACUGCCAUAAUUUGCAAUAUUCAACAUUGUGGUUGGAAAACAUGAUUUCUGUUAUGAUGACGAUGGAAUUGAUUAUUAUCGAAAUCCACAAGCAGAAGCUGAAUGCAUACAUUACCAUAUUUUUAUUUUAUUUGCAUAGUUUAGUUGCCAUUUAUAUUGGAUA